CUUGCAGAUUCCCAGAGUAUGGAUAGAUGGAAUUUCUGCAGGGGUUCAUUCCCCCCUUGGUGGGCAUGCAUAAAGUACCUUCUCCCCAGCAUGCCAGGAAGGAACAUUCUUGAUCGUCCAUGGCCCCCCCUGUCAUCGAUCGAUUGUCUCACGCUCUUCUCCUGUCAUGCUCCUAUGCAUUGUGAAUUGACAAAAAAAUUGUCGAAAAUUCUCGUUAUCAAUGGCUUCAUCGGUCCUUUGGUCGUUCUUAAUCGCGACUCCCGUCCUGGGCUACGCUAACCCUCGCGCCCCUGCAAUCCCUGAAGAGUACGACGUACUUCAAUAUGUUGACCCACUUAUUGGGAGUGCCAACGGAGGGAACGUCUUUGCUGGCGCGACACUUCCCUAUGGGAUGGCGAAAGCUGUAGCCGAUACAGACUCUGUGAACAAUCAGGGAGGCUUCGCGUAUGAUGGUAGUAAUAUCACUGGGUUCUCCAGUCUGCAUGAUUCGGGCACUGGAGGUCAACCUUCACUGGGGAACUUCCCCCUUUUCCCAUACGUGAGUUGCAAAGAUGACGACGUCAAUGGCUGCGUGUAUCCCAAGAAGCAGCGUAAGACGCGAUAUGAUCCCGGAUCUGUCAUCGCCAGCCCGGGUUACUUUGCAUUGACCAUGGCUUCGGGUAUCCGAGUAGAUAUGACUGUGUCCCACCAUACGUCUCUCUUUCGUUUUCGUUUCCCAGCAGAUCGCGAAUUGAACCCCCUUAUCCUAUUGGAUCUUAGUGACUUGUCGGACACGCGACAGGACAAUGGGACUAUUGCUGUAGAUGCUGACUCGGGGCGGAUGGUUGGCCAUGCUCGUUUUUUACCCAGCUUUGGGAGUGGAUCUUACACUCCAUACUUCUGCGUUGACUUUCGCAGUGUCUCCGGUAUCAGAGAUAACGGCGUUUUUGUUAAUUCACGAGCAAGUACAGACGUGAAGGGCCUCACGGUCUCCAGAAGCAUCAACGGAUAUCCUUUACCGGGGGGCGCUUUUAUUCGAUUUCAAUCACCUAGUGACAACAUGGUACUAGCCCGAGUAGGUCUCAGCUUCAUCAGUAGUCAGCAAGCAUGUAGUAACGCCGAGGCGGAAAUACCCAACUUUGACUUCGAUGUGACGCACUCCGCCGCGGUAGAUUCAUGGACGAAGAAACUCGCCCCUAUCCGAGUGUCAAGAAAUGGUGUCAACUCUUCUUUUCUGUCCACAUUUUAUAGUGGAAUCUACCGUACUAUGAUCAAUCCGCAGGACUAUACUGGAGAAAACCCACUUUGGAAGAGCACAGAGCCGUAUUUCGACUCUUUCUACUGUCUCUGGGAUUCAUUCCGGUCUCAACUGCCUUUCCUGACCAUCUUUGAUCCCACAUCACUAAGCCGGAUGAUCCGAUCGUUAAUCGAUACCCAACGACAUUUAGGCUGGCUUCCAGACUGCCGCAUGUCGCUCUGCAAAGGUUACACUCAAGGUGGCUCUAAUGCGGACAUUGUCCUUGCCGAUGCAUACCUCAAGGGCAUCACUGAUGGCAUUGAUUGGCAUGCGGGCUACUCUGCUGUGCAGAAGAAUGCUGAAGAAGAACCGUAUGACUGGUCAAAUGAAGGGCGCGGUGGGCUGGACAGUUGGAAGUCACUGAACUAUAUUCCGGUAGAGGAUUUUGACUACAAGGGCUUCGGAACGAUGACCCGGAGCAUUUCCCGCACGCUUGAAUACUCUUAUAAUGACUUCACUAUUGCACAAAUGGCCCGUGGCCUCGGAAAACAGGGUGACGCUGAGAAAUACGAGGUCACUUCUCAAUUCUGGCAGAAUUUAUUUCGAGACGACCAGACCUCCUUUGUAAACGGAACUGAUACCGGAUUCAAGGGUUUCUUCCAACCCAAGUACUUGAAUGGCACCUGGGGAUAUCAGGAUCCAAUUACAUGUUCCAACAUCGACACCAGUGGGAGAGCUUGCUCCUUACAAAACAAUGCCGCCGAAACGUUCGAAGACAGUGUAUGGGAAUACCAAUUUUUCGUCCCUCAUGACAUGGCCGCUCUUAUCACUCGUCUUGGAGGCCGAUCUGAAUUCACCCAUCGUCUUGACUACCUCCACGACACAGGCAUUACAUACAUUGGCAACGAGCCCUCUUUCCUGACCGUCUUCCAAUAUCACUACGCCGGCCAUCCCGGCAAGUCCACCUCCCGCGCCCACUUCUACAUCCCCAAGUACUUCGAUGCGAACCCCGCCGGUCUCCCAGGCAAUGAUGACUCGGGUGCCAUGGGCUCCUUUGUCGCAAUGACGAUGAUGGGCCUCUUCCCGAACCCUGGACAGAACGUGUACCUCAUCUCGGCUCCCUUCUUCGAGUCUGUUCGCAUCACCUCACCGCUGACGGGACGGAACGCCACGAUCCGAGCGGUUAACUUCGACGGCAAAUACGAGAAUAUCUAUAUUCAAUCCGCGACGCUGGAUGGAAGGCCUUAUUUGAAGAACUGGGUGGGUCAUGAUUUUUUCGCCGAGGGACGGGAGUUAGUGCUUGUGUUGGGAAGAAAUGAGAGCCGCUGGGGGACUGGAGACGAGGACUUACCGCCGUCGUUGUCUACGAGGGGUGCUCAUUUUCAGUAGCUUGGAAGUAUGAAUUAGCUUUUAUUUUUUUUUUACCGUUUUACUUGAUUGAGUUAA